AUGUCUAUCCAAAAGCACAGGCGUUCCAAUGAACAUGAUUAUAAUCAGGGGAGCAAGUUGUUGAAACAAGUCCCAGAUGAGAUUAUGGAAUUGAUUCUGCAGCGACUAAACAUAUUUGACUACCUUGCGUUUCGUCAAGUAUGCCGUUCUUGGCAUGCCAUAAGCAAGCGCUGCUCCCCUGCUCCUCAGCUUCCAUGGCUUCUGUUUGAUUCUGACCCUUUCCACAUCCAAGAUCACUGCCUUGUUAGCUGUCUCAGUGAUCCCAGGACUCACUAUUCAGUCCCGCCAAAGUUGUUUUAUGAGUCGAGAUGUCUCGGAUCAGUUGAAGGCUGGUUGAUCAUGGCUGCGCGCAUUCAUAGAAGUUCUCCUGUUGUUAACUUGUUAUUGAAUCCAAUAUCAGGUUGCCGAGUCGAGCUCCCACCACUAUCCACAAUUUCAGGCCCUCGGAGCACCAGACUCGACUUCUUACGGAAAGCAGUAGCCUCUUUCGAACAAACAAGGCUAGAACAGUGUCUUGUGGCUAGCCUUUGUGACGCUGGUCGUUUGGCUUUCUGUAGAAACAUUGAUGAAUCAUGGACCCUCGUUAAGGCCAGAGAGAGGAAUGUGGUUCUCAGAUUUGAAGACGUAGAAAUAAUCGAUGGGAAAUUAUAUGCUGCAACAACCCACAGCACCUUAAUGGUGUUUAACAUCCAAGGUGUUACCUAUACGGCUGAAAGGGUGGUUAAGCUUCCCUAUUUCGGUAUAUACUACCAUACUGGUCCCUACAUAGCAAAAGAUGUCGCAACAAAGGACCUGUUUAUCGUUUAUUCUAGAAGUAUUGCCUCAUCUAAUCAUUCUAUUAUUGUUUAUGAUCUUCCAAGUCGUACGCGUUAUCACACUCGAGCAUUUCGGGUGUUUAAGUUAGAGUGCGAUAACAGUGAUGAUCCUCACUGUGUAGAAGUUUUUGAUCUUGGUAACCGGACAUUGUUUGUAAACGACCUUGGCACCAAAAUUAUAUCUUCUAGCAGCGACCUUGAAAGAAACUGUAUUUAUUAUGCUUUAUAUCGGGAUUACACUAAAGAGUCCAAGACAGAUUUUGGCGUAUUUUCCUUGACAAAUAAGAGCAUCAAACUCUUGACUUUCCCUGGGUAUGCCUCCCUUCAGGGAUUUUUCAAAGGAAUGUUGGUUUGGUUCACACCAAAUCCUUGGUAG